AUGCUCACCUGGCCCUGCAUGGCAACAGGCAAUGGAGCUCUAGGUCCCUUCGGCAGCGGACCCACGGCCGCUUCGAGAGGCAGCGGGUGGCAGAGGAGGGAGGGCAAACUGGCAGCCCCUGGCAACCUGGGGCUGACGGCAGGAGGCUGGGCACACCGCGGAUUUCCCCCCGCCGGCAGGAUGGUGAACCUGGAGUCCGUGCACGCAGCUGUCCCCGAAGGAGAAAGUGGCCCCGGGUGUGGUGGCAGUCAUCACUUCAAGGAGAUCAAGAUGAGCGGGGAUGCGGCAGAUUCCACAGAUACCCGGCACGAACCUGACCAGGUGGAGCCAGGGAAUGAACAGAAUGGGCUGGACUUUAACAGGCAGAUUAAAACCGAGGACCUCAGCGACUCCUUGCAAUCUGCCAUCCCCCCUCGGUCGGGUCACCUCGUGCAGGGAUCAUCCAUGAUGCCAGGGAGCCAAAUCGCAGGGGACAUGAGCUCUCUCCACACCCUGCAGCAGCUGGUGUUGCUUCCUGGGCACAUGCAGUCAGUCCCCCAGUUCCUUCUGUCCCAGUCUCAGGCAGGACAACAAGCUUUGCAGCCAAACCUCCUCUCCUUCCCUCAGCAACAGGGCAGCCUCCUCCUCUCCCAGCCCGGACCCAGCCUGGCCUCCCAGGCUGUGGGGCGCUCUGGCCUCCCUGGCUCCUCGGUUGAACCCCACCUGGACGUCCCCCAGCACUUGCAAGUGGCAAAGCACCUGACCCCAGCAGGAGCUUCCGAGGAGCCCAGCGACCUGGAGGAGCUGGAGAAGUUUGCAAAGACUUUCAAACAAAGGAGGAUCAAGCUGGGGUUCACACAGGGUGACGUUGGCCUGGCCAUGGGGAAGCUCUACGGCAACGACUUCAGCCAGACCACGAUCUCCCGCUUCGAGGCUCUCAACCUGAGCUUCAAGAACAUGUGCAAGCUCAAGCCCCUGCUGGAGAAGUGGCUCAGUGACGCAGAAUCUGCUCCUUUGGAUUCCUCCAUGAGCACCCCCAAUUCCUACCCCUCAGUGAAUGAGAUGUUUGGACGGAAAAGGAAGAAGAGGACCAGCAUCGAGACCAACAUCCGCUCCACACUGGAGAAGAGAUUCCAAGAUAACCCCAAGCCCAGUUCAGAGGAGAUCUCCUUGAUAGCAGAGCAGCUCUCCAUGGAAAAGGAAGUGGUUCGGGUCUGGUUCUGCAACCGGCGCCAGAAGGAAAAGCGGAUCAGCUGCCCGAUGCCAUCCCCCAUCAAAUCACCCAUCUACAACUCCAGACUGGUCUCUACCUCAGGGUCCUUGGGGCCCCUCUCCGUCAAUCCAGUGCACAGCACCAUGCCUGGGACUGUGACAUCCUCGUGCUCCCCAGGGAACUCCAGCAGGCCCUCGUCCCCUGGCAGUGCCCUCCAUGCCAGCAGCCCCGGCACAGCCCAGAGCAACUCCAAAGCUGCCAUGAACUCUUCUGGCUUCAACUCUUCAGGCUCCUGGUACCGAUGGAACCAACCCACCUACCUCCACUGAGCCCUCCUGCAGCAGCGAGGGCGAGAGCAGCUCCAGGCCGUGCCCCAUCCGUGAUGCUCGGGGCCUUCCAGUGCCUUCCAGCGCCUCCAGGAACCCCCGGCAGCGGGGCUGU